AUGAUGCAGAGGAAGAAUCUUCUCUACCAUCAGAUUGCUCUUGUUCUGUUGUUCUUUUUUAGCUUGACACCACUACUGUCAAGGGCUUUGGCUCCCACCCUCCAAGCAGACUCUGAAAAAGGGACAGCAGACGAUGGAUUGGUCUCUGUGUACCGAAUUGUAGAGCCAACCGGUGCUACCGAAGUGUUGCCUGCUUCCUACGUAAAAUCGUUUUCUCGAUGGACGCUUGACGAUGGGGGCACGUUGAUCCCUCUUCGUAGUAGUAGUAGCCAUGAAGAAGGAGAAUGUGAUGCCGACUUGGAAUCUACUAUCACAAAAAUCAUCGUUCGACCGACUCUGAAUGUGAUCCUUCGACCGGGCGCAAUCCCUGCCUAUGUUGCCGUGGGGCUAUUGGUUGUGGGGGACCACAAUAAUCACUUGGCGCAACAAUGGACGUCGUUUCAAGGAACGAGCCAUGCCCAAUUUCGAGUCGAACUGUUCUGGGGAGGCGCCAAUGGGAGUGACCAAAGGGUGGGAGUAGUUCCUCCUGGGACGGUUCGAAAAGCCUUGGAACAAUUCGGGGUUGCCCUGGCCACGACGACGCACGAGAAACUUCAGGAUGGAUUUCAUAUCGUUUCCGUACCCUUGCAGAUGCAAGACAUGUCGGCGGAACGACCUACGAAAGAUGCCACCUGGUUUACAUGUUUGGCAUUGACCACCCAAGAAGCAGUACAAGUGUUGCAAAUGGACCCAGCGCAAGUUCAGACACUGGCUCUUUCCAAACUGCAAGUGGAAGCUGCCAAAGUUUUGGUUUGA